GCAAAGCGACAGACCUGUCUAUUCAACAGAACUACACAAGCUCUGGGACCUUUGAAUAAACGAGAAAAACCGAUCGGCACCUCUUGACUUACAGUUAUUUUCCUUUAAUUUACAUCCAUGAGAUUUUUCAGGCUUACCUUCAAGUGCUUCGUCGACUGCUUUUGAAUCCCCUUCGUCCCCAUCGUCUGUCUGCGACGCAUUGUAAAUAUUAGCUAAUAAUAUCUCUAGCUAUAGCUAGCCUGAAAGCUAAAUAUAGCUAAAUAAUAUUUUUAAUAACAAAAGACAAAAAGUAAAACAAAAGAAAAAAGGAACUGGAUGACUAAAUACAUCUAAAUUGCUAGCUACAAUCUUUUGAACGAUAUUUGCAUUUUAUAAAUUCCAUUUAAAAUAUUGGGGCUAGCUAGCCAUCUACCAGUUCUCCAGCCAGCAUGUCACCGGAGGUGGAUGAGCACAUUCCAGGGGAUAGGGGGCUGUCUCAGGAGGAGACAGGGGUCCCAGUGGAAGAGGAGGGCGGGGUUGUGCGCCCCCUGGUGGCCGUUCCUGGGGUCGGCGGGACGACGGGUGAAGAUGGCCAGUUUGUGGAGAGAGAGACCUGGGCCAGGCAAAUGGACUUCAUUAUGUCCUGUGUGGGCUUUGCUGUGGGCCUCGGUAACGUGUGGAGGUUCCCAUACCUCUGCUACAAAAACGGUGGAGGUGUGUUCCUGAUCCCCUACAUGCUGAUUGUGUUCAUUGGGGGGAUUCCGGUGUUCUUCUUGGAGAUCGCACUGGGACAGUUCAUGAAGCAAGGCGGCGUCUCUGCCUGGAACAUCGCCCCACUUUUCAAAGGUUUGGGGCUUGCGUCCAUGGUGAUCGUGUUCUUCUGUAACACCUAUUACAUCAUGAUCCUGGUGUGGGGGCUGUACUUCCUGCUCCACUCCUUCUCAGCACCCCUGCCCUGGGCCACCUGCGGUCACCCGUGGAACACCCCAAACUGCACCCAGGACUUCCGCAGAGCCUGCAGCAAUCGCAGCGCCCUCCUGGCCCUUCCCCCUGACCCCAGCUCCCCCCAGCACAACCUCUCCUCCUACCCUCUCUCCCCCUCCAUCAACCUCUCCUCUCUCCUUCCUCUCAACUUCAGCUGCCCCGAGAUGGAGGGCCUGCGAUCUCCUGUCAUUGAGUUCUGGGAGCGGAAGGUGCUGCGGUUGUCAGGAGGGUUGGACGAGGCCGGGGAGGUCAGCGGUCACAUGGUUAUGUGUCUGGCGGCCACCUGGGUCAUUGUUUACUUCUGCAUAUGGAAGGGGGUUAAAUCUACUGGCAAGGUGGUGUACUUCACAGCGCUCUUCCCCUACCUGGUGCUGGUGGUGCUGCUGGCCCACGGAGUCACCUUACCAGGAGCUCUGGACGGGAUUGUGUACUACCUGAAGCCUGACUGGUCCAAGCUCGGAGAGGCCCAGGUGUGGAUUGACGCAGGAACGCAGAUCUUUUUCUCCUAUGCUAUUGGCCUGGGUGCACUGACCGCACUGGGAAGUUACAACCGCUUCCACAACAACUGCUACCAGGAUGCCUUUGUCCUUGCCCUGAUCAACAGCGGGACCAGUUUCUUUGCCGGCUUUGUGGUGUUCUCAGUGCUGGGGUUCAUGGCGGCGGAGCAGGGGGUGGACAUCAGCAAGGUUGCAGAGAGCGGGCCUGGCUUGGCUUUCAUCGCCUACCCGAAGGCGGUCACCCUCAUGCCCAUGGCCCCGGUGUGGGCGGCCCUCUUCUUCUUCAUGCUGCUGGUUCUGGGACUGGACAGCCAGUUCGUGGGGGUUGAAGGAUUUAUCACAGGUAUUAUGGACAUGCUUCCCCCUAACACGCUGGCAUGCUCUUUUCGUCGAGAGGUUGUCGUGGCAAUCUGCUGCAUCACCUGCUUCUUUAUCGACCUCUCCAUGGUAACAGAGGGCGGCAUGUAUGUGUUCCAGCUCUUUGAUUACUACUCUGCCAGCGGGAUGACUCUGCUCUGGCAGGCCUUCUGGGAGUGUGUGGUGGUGGCGUGGGUCUAUGGAGCGGACCGCUUCAUGGAUGACGUGGCGCGGAUGAUCGGUUACCGCCCACUCCCCUACAUGAAGUGGUGCUGGUCCUACAUCACGCCCUUAGUGUGUGUGGGUGUCUUCCUUUUCCACGUGGUGAACUACAGGCCUCUGACCUAUAACUCCAGCUAUGUGUACCCCUGCUGGGGAGAGGCCUUGGGCUGGGGGCUGGCACUCUCCUCCAUGCUGUGCAUCCCCAUCAGCGUCCUAUACAAACUGCUGCGCUGCAAGGGCUCGCUCAGAGAGCGCUGGCAGCACCUGACCACCCCGGUGUGGGGGAGACACCACCUGGAGUACCUGGCACCUGAGUCUGAGGCCAAGCUCCUGCCCCCACCCGGACUGAGCAAGAACACCCUGCUCUUCGAGAGCGUCAUCUGACCUGCCCGCCUCCCUCCACCCUGUCUGUGUCUCCGUCCAUCCACGCUCCUCUCCCUUCUGCGUCUCACUCAGAGACACACAUGAACUAUUCAACAGUCACGCACACGCACGCACACACACACACACUCUCACACAGACACACACUCACAUUUACACCAAAGAAAGUGGCUGGAGAACACAUACACAACCAGUACACUCACACCCGCAUGUCUCUCCCCGUGUCUGCGUUUCCCUGUGCCGUGCUGCCGCGUGCUGUCCGUCUCGCUGUGGUACCGUGAUCGUGUUGUGAUGUAGAGUACAGUAGUGUUAUUGUGCCCAGUCAUUCUCUCUCUCUCUCUCUCUCUCUGCUUUGUGUCUGUGUGUCUGUGGUUCCUCCUGCCAUGCUCUGUCUCCACAGAGUUUGGCAGCUCUUCAGCAGCCUUUCUGUGUGAGAGGGGAGCAGUUCUGGUUUUGUCAGUGAUACUAGAUAUUGUACCCACGUGGUUUUCACAAUGAAUUCUCCCUGCAGAAAUUCAGUCAGACAAUCAGAAACAGAAUAAUACUAACACAAUUACUGAAAAUGGAGAUUUACUGUAAUUUGGCUGUGAUUCGCAAGAAACAGGGCGAGUAUUAUUAAAAUGACAAAAACGUGUGUGUGAGAAACCAGAAUGGCCCUGCUCUUAUUACACUGCUUCAGCUUCUUCUCCUAGAGGAAUGAACUAAAUUAGGUUUGGAAAGGACCUUUCUCAUGAUAUCCAUAUAAAUGCUGGGAUGAUGGUUAUGUGUGUGUGCACAUGUGAGAAAGUGAGUGUGCCAUCUGAUCGUGCCUCUUGUGUGAUAAUUGGUGUGUGUGUGCGCAUUUGUGUGUGUCCGUGUGCGUGUGUGUGUGUGUGCGUGUGUGUGCAUGUGUGUGUGUGAACGGGUGUGUGUGUGCGCGCGCGCGUGCGUUUGUGAAAACCGAGCAGUAUCAUUUUCCCUUCUCCACGAGAUCCACCAAUCUCUGGCUGAGCAGGUGAUUGGUCUACAGCUGUGAAUCAGUCCUCUGCGGGUCAGAGAAGCGUGGGCCCUCCACCCCCCCCCCCCCCUAUUAUCAAGGGCCUGAUCUCAGUUCUCUCCCCCCCCCCCCCCCCCCAUAUGCACAACACCUCUAACGAGAACCCAGCUUACGCAUAAAAUCUGUUUUCAGAGGUGGUGAGAGAGUUGUGAGGACUCAGCCGUGCCAUGCUCAAAACAAUGGAGUCACUUUUGUUACAGUUGGGGAGGAGCAUGUCUGCCGUGCUAUCAUGCUAUCAAGUGAGAGCAUAUUAGCCAAUCACAAUCAUCCAUUGCAAGGUCACUGUGUUACAUUCUCGCUGAAGCCAGCCAUCUUUCAUCUCUGGACGUAUGACAAUUUCGCGUGUUUUUCGGUCAGCUAUCAGGUUUUAAAGCCUGUCUUCAUUUCUGUCUUCAUUUUUCGAGCGUGUCAUUGAUUUACUUUCACAUUCCUUUAAAGGCCCAUGCAUGGCAGUGUCUUGAGUGGAAAUUUCAGGUAGCUGCCAUCGCUCUCAUGUCUGCUACAUGCAGCACCAUGUCGGAAGAGCUGUAAAUAGAGUGGGACAGAUUUGCUUUCGGUGGGGUUACAUUACCACCCCUGUCACUCUUGAGCACCUGUCUUUAUGAUCUGUCUAUAGUGUUUACUGCAGUGACAACAGGGCAGCCAUGUUGCUACCCGGCUAAAGCCAAUUUAAUCUCACUCCUCAGUGUACGAGCGCAUGUUACCAAGGAAGGCAGUCAGUGCCUGCUCUCUAAUCCACAGCCCUGCCCUCAACCUGCUCUGCCAGCUAACUUUCCGCCAUUUCCUCUCCUUGCUGUGUAACUGUAUGUUAGAUGUCUUACACCCUCCUCCAAAAAACGCAACCUCCAAAUUCAAAUUAUCUUCAGUGUCAGUAUUCUGUGGGCUUGUAAACCAGUGUUAAUAUUGUGGAACAAGUUUAUUCUUUAUAUCCACGUUGCUGAUGGGAGCUGAAGUGGAGAGGAAGAAAUUUCUGGAAAUGCCAAGCAAAAAGCAAUAAAAGAUGCAAGGAUGUUAA